AUGUUAUCUUCUUCCGGAGACAAUUUAUUGGAGAGGUUGAAUCUUAUUGACACGAUUCAACGAUUGGGGAUCGAUUUCAUGUUCGAGGAAGAAAUCGAACAAAUUCUUCAACACGAUUACGAGAACAUCGGUCCGAAUGCUUGCAACAUUGACGGUGACAUCUUUCUUGUCGCGCUUCGUUUCAGACUGCUCAGACAACAAGGUUAUAAUGUACCGAGUGCGCUCGUAUUUGGCAAGUUCAGAACUGAAGAGGCUGAAUUCAGAGAGGAAAUAACUAGCGACGCGGAAGGCAUGCUAAGCUUGUACGAAGCUGCAUAUAUGCGCACACAAGACGACAACAUCCUCGACGAAGCUCUCGACUUCACCAAAAAACACCUGACCGCCAUGGCGCGUGAACUGGCGUCCCCACUCGCCGAGCGCGUCGCGCACGCCCUGCACCGGCCCCUACGCAGAGGCAUGAGAAGGGCUGAACACCUCUUCUUCGUAUCCAUCUACCCACAGAUGGACGGCCACGAUGCAGGGCUCCUGAAGCUGGCCAGGUUGGGUUUCAACCUGCUGCAGAAUCUGUACCAGAAGGAGCUCAAAGUUCUCACCAAGUGGUGGAUCGAGUUGGAUUUGCCGAGGAAGCUGUACUACGCGCGGGACAAACUGCUAGAGAACUACUUCUGGGCGAUGGGAUGCUUGUGGGAGCCCAAAUUUUCGCUGUCCAGAUACUGUUUCAUGAAGCUCAUUCCAAUUGCGUCGAUGUACGAUGACACGUUCGACGCAUGGGAUACUAGCACGAAAGACCUUAACACAAAUAUGAAAAUCUUGUUCGACGCGGUUAUUGAUUCCUAUGAUGACAUUCAAGAGAUCACGUCCAAUGAAUUCGGACGAUCUUACUGUUGGGAAUACGGAAAACCUGCGCUGAAGAAUGUUGUAAGGUUGUACUUGGAAGAAGCACGUUGGCUGGCUAAGGGUUAUGUGCCUACUUUGGAGGAAUACAGGCACAUUUCAUCCCUCAGCACUAUCUACCAAUGGGCAGCGUUUUCGGUAUUCUGUGGAAUGGGUGAUGAGUUAGCUCCCAAGGAACUGUUUGACUGGUUAUUCACAGAGCCUAAAAUGUUAGUAGCUUCGUCGGACCAAUGUCGUCUCAUGGAUGACAUCAUGACCCAUGAGUUUGAACAGGAAAGGGGGCACGCCCCUUCGUCCGUUGAAUGUUACGUGGAACAAUAUGGCGUGUCGACACAGAAGGCAGUAGACGCACUGAGUAACAUGGUGGAAGAGGACUGGAAGAUAAUGAAUGGGGAGUUGCUCAGUCCACCGAAUUGUGUACCUAGAAAAGUCCUCUCGAUAUUUCUUGCUUUUGCACAGAUUAUGGAUGUCCUUUACAAGGACAGUGAUGGCUACACCAACUCUGCCACCACCACUAAGGAUUUACUAACUGCUUUGCUCGUCACUCCAUUCCCCAUUUCAUCGUAA